GCGAGUUUACUGGAAGAAACACAAGUUGCUACUUCUAGUAGAGGCCAAGCCCCAUCAUCCUCACACCACAAUAUAUGUUUGACCCAGGCACUUUGCCACUGUUUCAGUCCUCACGAUGCCGCGCUACUGAGAACGGGCUGCCCCACUCAACCAAAUUCAGGAACAAGACAUGUACAAAGGCAAGUGUCUUUUCCUCAGUCAAGCUCUACUGUCACAAAUCCAGAGUCGCUACUUCAUGAGUCACAUCUGACAGGGUUAUUUUCAGCUGCUGACAUUAGAAACCUAAUGCCCCCUAAAGAUGAUUUUGAUGAUAUAAAGCUGAUGUCUUUGGCUUUGGAGGAAGGCUUUGAUCGUAUAGAAGUCUCUCAGCUCUUUGAAGAACCCAGCUUGGAUUUGGGACUGUCUUUGAAUUCGGGCCACAGCUCUACCUCUUACUCCGUCUGCAGUGAAGGUGCUGUUGGGUACAGCAGCGACGUUAAAUCCAUUUCUUUGCAUGGCUUAGGAGCUGUUGGUGGCCAGAGCCAAGAACACAGUAAAUACGGCCAUGUGGAAUAUCCAGGUGGUUCAGAGUGUUCCAGAGAAGCCACACUUCAGCGGUUUCUUCACAAUCAGGCUUACAGUCGGCUCUCAAGUCAAGCAGCAUGUGCUCCGGAUCAUCAGCAACAGAUGUGGAUGGAGAAACCAAACAAAGUAAAGGAUAGGUGCCGUGAUUCUACUGAUACAGACCUCAGCAGCGACGAACACUGCGCAAAAGCUCUGAGAAUACCGUUUUCGGUAGAUGAAAUUGUGAGCAUGCCCUUCAGCUCUUUCAGCGCCCUGCUAGCAAUGAACCAUCUGACACGUACUGAGGUAUUGCUCCUACGUGACAUCAGACGAAGAGGAAAAAACAGAGUUGCUGCCCAGAAUCGUCGUAAACGUAAACUGAAUGCAAUCCUUAACUUGGAAGAAGACGUAUGCAAUCUUCAGACACAAAAAGAGAGCCUUGAGAAGGAGCAGUCUCAGUGUAGCAGAUCAAUCAGCCAGAUGAAGCAAAAAUUGAACAGCUUGCACCGUGACAUUGUCAGUAGACUGAGGGACAACAAGGACCGACCUGUUAACCCGGGCCAGUAUGCCAUUCAUUGCAGCAGUGAUGGCAGCGUUUUCGUGAUGCUCAAACACUUGGUCAAAUCAUAA